UUGUAAGGGUCCCGUCUACAACUGAACGGUUUCCAGGAGUGAAGAAAACAGAUUUAAUAGACACACCUUAAUAAGAGGAGAGGUUAACGUUUAACGAACUGAUGCUUCUUCCUUCUUUUGACGUCCACACCAAGUCACUUGCUAUAGAGAAGUGCGCUCGGGAUUGAAUUCGAGGUCUGGACCCGACAGAAAUACCAGAGGGAUUAUCUCGUGUGCGGAGCAUCAUGGCCGAGCCGGACUACAUGGACGGGGACAGUGAUGAGCUGAUCAAACCCACGAAACUCAUCAACCCGGUGAAGACUUCCAGAAACCACCAGGACUUGCACAGAGAGCUUCUCAUGAACCAGAAAAGGGGUCUUGCGGCACAGAAUAAACCUGAACUUCAGAAGGUGAUGGAGAGGAGGAAGAGAGAACAGGUGAUGAAGUCUCAGAAAGAAGAGCAGGAGGCUCACAAGAAGAGAUCAGACCUUGAGAUUGAGCUCAUGAAGAGACGAGAGACACUUGAACAGCUGGAACUGGAACAACAGAAGAUGGAAGAGGAGCAGGAAAACACUCCAGAGUUCGUCAAAAUGAAAAGCAAUCUAAGAAGAACCAAACAGGAGGUGGAUAGCCAGGAACGUGCCACUUAGAAACGGUUCCCGUGGCAUGCGUGUUGACGUGACAACUAGACUGUGGUUUGUGGGGAUUUCCUGGUGUUCCUCCCCCAUGUGUCCCUGUGAAACAAGUGACUAGAAGGGUUCCUAUUGCCUGCUUGCAAGACACAACCAGUAUUCACUCGCCUCUUUUCCUGAACAACCAUCACAAAUAAAGAGGAUUAAAGAAUAAAUAACACGCAUACAUGAACUCUUGGCACAUGGUUGCGGCCUCUUUGCCACUGGUUGACUGGCUUCAAAGAACAUGCAUGGCGGAACAAACACAGUCAAAACCAUUUGUUUGUUUUUUUGGAGGGGCACAUAUUUUUUACUAUUAUUUUUAUUUUCAAAAGCCGAAACGGGACACUGGAUGGACUCUUUCAAGCCAAAAGAAUACGCUUUUAUUUAUGUUCAGCGUAAGGGCUCUUCAUUUCCAAGAAUCACAUUCUCCUCUUGGUUGGUGACUGAAACGUAAACUAAAUAGGAAAUUUCAUUGCAAGUUUUGCUCAUGUGACGCACCAUGUUUGCUUUUAUAAAUUGUAAUAUAUGUGCGAUCCCUCUGCUCAUAAGCAAUACUAGUUCUAGGUUCGUGAGUUUUCUUUACAAAUAUUUUGUUAUACCUUUUUUAAAAUGAAUAUGUUACUAAUAAGUUAAUUCAUUUUAGUUCAAUGUGAUGUUACAUCUGAUUUUUCUUCUCUUGAAUGGUAGCCGUUUGCAAUCAGAAAAGCUAGAAGAGAACAUUUAAGAUGUUUAUAAAUGAAAAGAGACACAUGGUUUUGUGUAUUGAGCCAAUAAAUAACCACUCCUUGUGUUCCCUUAAAACGUUCUUUUAAUAAAUAUUAUUUUAUCAUGUUGAAUUCUUUUUUCCAAUGUCUAUAUGACCAGUUAGUGCAAGUAAUACUACAGAUUGGAUAUAAUUUAUACAAAUGAACGUCUUCUAAAGGAACUUUACUCCGUAUUAAAAGUGAAUGAGAGAAUGUAAACUUUGAAUGAAGAAAACAAGGUAGGAGUUGUUGAGUCAUCUGGCAUCUGUGCAUCCCACAAAAUAAAAUUGUCCUUCUAAAAGGAAUAAACAUUGAGAAUACAUGACUUUAAAGUGAAGGUGAUGUUUUGCUCUAUUAGUAUUUGACAGUGCAGAAAACAGUGCUUAAGUGAUGUGAGAAUGAGGCGGUCAUUCACAAUAUAAAUAAACCGCUUUAAAUAAGCAGUAGAAAUGAAAGCAAAACUAAA